ACUACAGCUUGCUUGCUCGGCUCCCAAUACUGACAUUCCCAUCAAUUACAGGGAAUUCUUCUCCAAGGGAACUCGUGCUAAAAGGAUUACUGCUCUUUUCUCUUUGACCUGCUCUGUGGAACCAAUAAACGUCACAGCUCUAAAGUUAGCUGUAAACAUGGACUCCAUCAAUUGUUCCACUGUGGACCUCUCUGAUGAUCUGGAGAGUAGGAUGAACCCCAGUAAGAUUUUCCUCUCCCUUACCCUUUCCUUUUUAGCGGUGGCCACCACUGCCAUAAACUCCCUGGUCAUCACUGCCAUCCUGAUCACCCGGAAACUUCACCAACCUGCCAACUACCUCAUCUGCUCUCUUGCUGUUACAGACCUUCUGGUUGCCGUUCUUGUGAUGCCAGUCAGCAUUGUGUACAUCGCUGAAGAGACGUGGGUUCUAGGUCCCAUCGUGUGUCACCUGUGGUUGGGUAUUGAUGUAACAUGCUGCACCUGCUCGAUUUUACACCUGGCUGCUAUUGCUCUCGAUCGAUACCGUGCCAUCACCAACGCUGUGGCUUAUUCCCAGAAACGCACGUGUAAAAGAGCAAUCGUGACCAUAUUUGCUCUGUGGACACUGUCUGUGCUGGUGUCUCUGCCACCUUUGGUGUGGAGGAAGUUCCCCAGAGUGGAACUCAAGGACGGGAAAAGGGAAGUCAUGGACUGCUUGAUAGAACACGAUCACGUGGCAUUCACCGUCUAUUCCACAUUUGGAGCGUUUUACAUUCCACUGACCCUCAUUCUGGUGCUUUAUUACAAAAUCUACAAGGCAGCAGAGAUGCUACGUAACCGUCGAGGGAGCAGCCGAUUGGUUAAACACACAGUGAGCAGCGUUAUGCUUUCUGGAUUGAGUUCCGAUAAAGACAUGUCUCUCAAUCCAGAUACAUUCAGCCCAAUUGAGAAGUCAUUUUCAGACCCAUCAACGGAUGGGGAAAGAGUUCGCAGCACUUCCUCAUCAGGAAAUCUCAUCAGGGUUCGCAGAACACCGGGGGCAAGAGAAAGAAGGGCAGCUUUAACAUUAGGACUCAUCCUCGGAGCAUUCGUGGUGUGUUGGUUACCCUUCUUCCUGAAAGAGGUGAUCGUAAAUAUCUGUGUGACGUGCAGCACCUCUGCUGUGCUUGCAGAUGUGCUCACCUGGCUCGGAUAUCUCAACUCACUCAUCAAUCCACUAAUAUACACCAUCUUUAAUGAGGAUUUUAAGAAGGCUUUCAAGAAACUUUUGCCUCUCUGUUGUAGCAAUAUCCUGUGAAUUAACGGAGGAAAAACAUUUCAAAGCAAGACUUGUGCUCAUUAAUGGGUACAAUCCUUUAAUUGUAAAUGGCAACGUAAGAACCCAAACUCAUUUGUCCCUAAAGGAAAAAGGGGGAUGUAAAUAGGGGAUAUAAAACACACCAAAUGAACCACAUGGAAAACAUUACUGAAAUUAUCUUUGAAAUACAGCGACUACUUUUUUAAGGUUUAAAGCCCAAUGUGACAUACAGUACAUGGCAUGCUAUCACACUAUUUUUGUAAUUUGUUUUUUGUCUAUUUGUUCACGACAUACAUGUAUACAGGACAUGUAAAACAUUACAUUUUUUGGUUAGACUUUAUUUUGAUAGUCCACUUCAUUUAUUUAAAUUAUAAGUAAUUUUCAACUUCUUGUCAGUCAGUAGAUUAUUUGUGUACAGUCUGCUUAAUAUCUGCUAACACUUAAAGGUCCAGUGUGUAAUUUUUGGAGGUUCUAUUGACAGAAAUGCAAUAUAAUAUACUGUACAUAACUAUGUUUAUAGAGGUGUAAAAAGACAUUACAUAACGACGCGUUAUGUUUUUAUUACCUUAGAAUGAGCUAUUUCUAUCUACAUACACCGCGGGUCCCCUUAAAUGGAAUUCGCCAUGUUGUUUCUACAGUAGCCCUAAACCAUAGUGGUUAGAAAUGGAGAGAGCGGUGGAGUGAGCCGCUGGUUGCAAUUCGCAACCUCACCGCUAAAUGCCACUAACUUCAUACACUAGACUUUAACUUAUGGUUCUACUAACCAUAAGUAACUUUGCAACUUGUCAACGUAUUCUCCUAACUCUAACCCUAUUCCCAACCCUCACGCUAAACUAACAGUCUACUGAUAUUUUAAUGACAGUUAGUUGACAUGUAAAAGCAAAUAAUAUGAUGACAUGUAGUUGCAAAGUUACUUAUGCUCAGUAUAUGUCUAAAUUGGACUAUCAAAAUAUUGUAACCCAAUAUUUAAAUGGGUUGUAACCUACCUUUUGUUACAAAAAAUAAUAUUUAAAAUAAAUUGUGGACACAGUGUGCAAACCAGUCAGACCACUAUUGUUGUCAUGGCAACACAAAGUUCACACAUUGUCAGAUGACCUGUUGAUUAGCCUACAUAUCACUUAAAAGUCAAGGAUAAAUCUUCAAAAGCAUCUUUCCAAAUUAUCACCAGUGUUUGUGACACUUGUGUCCCUGGGUUCCUAUAAGAGUUAAACUCCUUUCAUACUGUUAAUAAAUGUCUGUCUGCAAGAAUUGCACACUUUAUCUUAGAGAUGGAAACAGUAUUGAACUUCGUAUAUUUAUGAUGUUAUAAUGCCUGUAAAUAUUUUGAUACAUGGUACGUGGAUGUAUGUACAAUGCUUUUUGUUCAAUGUAAAUUCUUUCGUUUCUCUUGAAGAUUUUCUGAGGGACAAUUUUUUGAAGGAUCUCUUUAAGUACUUUAUAAAUUUACAUUGCACGGUAUUGUAAAUCAACACCAGUCAAGUUCACAUAUGCUAUUUUUGUUGACUUGUCAUUCUAUCAAUUAAAUUAUCCAAAGAGUCUAUGGUCAAUGGAAUUCAAAGGUUUGAGAGAGCAUGGUAGAACCAAUGUAAAUUUAACUCUUAUUUGCAUAACAGUAAAAGAGAACUAGUAUCAAACUUCACAAACCUUAAAGGGAUAGUUCAUCCCAAGAAAACAUACUGUCAUCAUUUACUCACCUUCAAGUUGUUUUAAAUCUGUAAAAAUGUCUUUGUUCCACUGAACACAAAAGAUAUUUGGAAAAAUGUAACUGAACAGUUCCGAGGCACAAUUGACUUCCGUAGUAGGAAACAAAACUACUUAGUAAAUGGUGUCCUAGAACGGUUUGGCUUCCUCCAUUAUUCUAAAUAUCCUAAAUUCAAUUCACAACGUUUCAUUGUUGCAAAGCAGCUUUACAGGAAGAAAGACAAAAACAAACAAAAGUUAGUAUUAGUCUUUGCUCUUGAUUGUUGACAGAGAUUGCCUAGGCUGGAGCUGGGAUGAUCAGUUAAAUUCACAGGAUCUCGCAGGAGGAUGGCACACGUGAAGUCCACAAGUUCUCGCAUGAGGAUGGCACAUGAAGAACACAGGUUCUCGCAUGAGGAUGGCACGUGACGAUCAGCUGGUGCUGGUGUAAAUGUGUAGUUUCCUCUGGAUGGGUUUCCCGAUGGUCAGUCAGUCCACAAGCUCUCACAGGAGGAUGACACCAGGUGGUCCUACUUGAGCCAGCAUAAUCUGUGGUUAGGUAGGGGAGGAGAGCAUGGAGAAAAUAAUUAGCGUAGCUGCUGUUCAUUACUUAUAAACAAGAGAUAAUACUGGAAUGCAGCAUAUGUAUGCUUUGCUGAAAAGAUGUCUUUAAUCUAGAUUUAAAUUGGGAGAGUGUGUCUGACCCUUGAAUAGUUUCAGGAAGGCUAUUCCAAUGUUUAGGUGCUACAUAUGAGAAACCUACCUCCUUUGGUGGAUUUAGUUAUUCUAGGUACUAUCAAAAGUCCAGAGUUUUCUGAAAGUAGAUAGCGUGAUGCAGUGGCGGCGUUUCACCAAAACCUAGGGUAUGGCAAAAUUUCCUCUAGCCAUGAUAUUCCAAAGUAACAGAACCAUAAAUUAUACAACAUGAUAUCUAAACAAAGCGUGUACAAGAAUCCACAAAACUGAAAGAAUGCACGAACAUGCACAGAGACUUACAGAUAACAAACCCCACCCUCAUAUCAUUUAAAAUGUGCUUUUUAAAGUUCUAAUUCUGAAGCAAAAGGGUGACUCCAACAAAUUACUAAACCAUCUGUCUUUUAUACUUUGUGACAAUCGCUUCAAUAUGGAAGCAUAUUGGUGGCAAUUUUAAAGGAGCCAUUCUUUUGCUGUUUUUCAAGCUUUGAUUAUGUUUUGGGGGUGAUUAACACUGGAUGUUCAUGUUUCUAGUUUUCUAACAAUGGCGUCAACUUCACAUCAGUUAAACACUUGAGGAUCAAUCGAAGUGUAACGGAGGUCUGCUAGUGCAUGUGCAAACGUCAAUCUUUGUUAGAGAUCGCAAUUUUUUUCCUAUUAUGGCGAGGGAAAUGACACCGGACCGAUUGGGCACACACACACACACACACAAUAUCAGUGUAUUACACAGAACAGCUUUCACAGCUUUUAACAUAUCUUAGAAUGUGUGUAGCUGAAUUCUUAUUACCAGCUGUAGGACUGUGAUGAAAGUGAAAGUAAUUAAUUGAGCAGCACAGUCAAAUGUUUACAAUCUCUGAUAACCAAACACUACUCCGCAGCUCUUCUCUAAGGAAGGCCUCACCCCUUUUUUGGCAUAUUUCUUUGGGCGGAGGUUUUUCAAAAGCUCGGAAUAGUGACAUCAUUUACCCGGGAAGUAUAGAGCUGUAGUCCGAUUCCGGCCGUUCUCUGUAGUCCUUGAAAGUGAAUUCUGUAAAAGACAAUAUCUCGCUUGGCAUUGAACUUUGUGCUUUUUCAUUUUUCAGAUAUUGUUUAUGCUCUAACAGCAACAUUACACACUAAAUAAGGGUUGAAAAUUGGCAACACAGAG